ACAAAGCGAGGACUUCGUUUUAACGUACCGUACUACAUGUUAUUUUAAAGUUGGAGGAGAUGCGCGGUCAGUCAGUGGGCUGCUGUGGCUCUGGGUGAAUGAGGCGCGCACACGUGCAUUGCGGGGCCCCCGUGCGCGGGUACCACAGGGGCGCGCGUGUCCCGCUAGCUUUUUUUUUUUUUUUUUGUAUUAUUAUAGUGGUGCGGUGAAACUGCCGGGGUGUGGACGUGGACGUGGAGCUCGAUGGCCCAAUCUCAGGUAGUAGGACACGUGCGCGCGUUCGUCCCGUUUGAUUUACACUCACUUUACUGGUAUUUUAAUCGAGUGCAGCUGCAGCUAUUUUUUAUUUUCAUAUUUAUAUCAGAGCCGCAGGGGGAAAAGAGUUAAAGGAAACUGAGAGUAUAAAGUCGCUCGUGGUCGUGGAUAUGAACAGAAAAAUAAGAUGUUUUUUUUUUAUAGUUUAUUCAGUACAUUUUGUCCUACUGUAAAAACACGCGUCGAAAACUUUAAACCUUAUGAUCAAAAUCACGAAGGCUUAGAAAGCGUGGAAGAGAUGUGUAAAUACUCAGACAAACCUACCCUGUGUGACAUUCCGGCGUAAAAACAAACUGGAACAAUAACGCGGAUAUUUCCAUGUUAAAAAAAAAAAAGAAAAAAAAGGAGCAAAAAAUCGAAUUCUAUUGUUUUGUGCGCUUAUCUCCUCGACUCCGAUAUCCUGCUUCUGGGUGCUGCGAUGAAGGGGGGGCUUCGUGUGACACACACCGCUUCCUUCUCCACACCAGUGACUUCACUUCCCAAAUUUAGUCGAAAAAAAAAGCCAUCCGGAGUGUGUGGAGUGUCGGUGGCUCCGCGCGCGACGCACCGGGGGCUGGAGCCCACUCAGGAGCGUGUCAUGCGUGGGAUACUGUCGGGCUCCACAUCAAACUGCCCAAAAUGGACGGAACUAUUAAGGAGGCGCUAUCAGUGGUGAGUGAAGACCAGUCCCUGUUCGAGCCACCGUACGCUGCUGCUGCCCCCUUACCCAAGCCGGAUAUGACUGCAUCCAGCGCCCAGGACUAUGGGCAGGCCCACAAGAUCAACCCCUUACCCCCACAGCAGGAGUGGAUUAACCAGCCCGUGCGCGUCAACGUCAAGCGGGAGUAUGAACACAUCAACGGAUCUAGGGAGUCCCCGGUGGACUGCAGCCUGGGGAAGUGCGGUAAGCUGGUCGGCGGGACGGACCCGUCUCAAAUGAGCUAUGGGAGCUACAUGGAUGAGAAGAACGGUCCUCCCCCUAACAUGACAACCAAUGAGAGAAGAGUCAUUGUGCCUGCAGACCCUUCGCUGUGGUCCCAAGACCACGUGCGGCAGUGGCUGGAGUGGGCUAUCAAGGAAUACGGACUGGUGGAGGUUGACACGUCUUUGUUCCAGAGCAUGGAUGGAAAGGAGCUCUGUAAGAUGAGCAAGGAGGACUUCCUGAGGCUCACCAGCAUGUACAAUGCCGAAGUCCUGCUCUCACAUCUCAAUUACCUCAGGGAAAGCAGCUCAUCGUUGUCGUACAACGCCCCAUCUCACACAGACCAGUCGCCUCGCCUGGCCCCUAAAGAAGACCCCUCGUAUGAUGCAGUACGGCGGUCCGGAUGGUCAAACAAUAUGCACAGCGGGAAAGGCUCACCAGCUGUCCCACAGAGCGUGUGCAAAACCACCGAGCAGCAGAGACCCCAGCCAGAUCCCUACCAGAUCCUGGGUCCCACCAGCAGUCGACUCGCCAACCCUGGCUCCGGGCAGAUCCAGCUGUGGCAGUUCCUCCUGGAGCUGCUGUCGGACAGCGCCAACGCUGGCUGCAUCACCUGGGAGGGCACGGGCGGUGAGUUCAAGAUGACGGACCCGGACGAGGUGGCGCGGCGCUGGGGCGAGCGCAAGAGCAAGCCCAACAUGAACUACGACAAGCUGAGCCGCGCGCUGCGCUACUACUACGACAAGAACAUCAUGACCAAGGUGCACGGCAAGCGCUACGCCUACAAGUUCGACUUUCACGGCAUCGCCCAGGCGCUGCAGCCGCACCCGACCGAGGCAUCUAUGUACAAGUACCCUUCAGACCUGGCCUACGUGCCCCCCUACCACACCCACCAGCAGAAGGUCAACUUCGUCUCCCCGCACCCUCCCUCCAUGCCCGUCACCUCCUCCAACUUCUUCGGGCCGGCCGCCCCUUACUGGAACUCCCCAACCGGGGGCAUCUACCCCAGCCCGAGCGUGCCCCGCCACCCCAACUCCCAUGUGCCGUCACAUCUGGGCAGCUACUACUAAAAAAUGCCCCUCGACUCGCCCACUCUGACCUGCACUCGCAAAGAAAUCAAGGGGACAAGAGAGUCCUGUCCCUUUAAAAAAAAAAAAAAAAAAAAAAAAAAAA